AUUGUUUACACCUCAAAAAAUUCGAAAACUUAUAAAAAUUACAGAAUUUGAUUAAUUAUAGUUAUUUCGAGCAGCUUAAAUCAGUUUUUAAGCAUCAUGCUGUCAACACAGUCCACUGCAGGUGCGAUUCCAGUAAAAAAUGAGAAGGGUGAAAUAUCUAUGCAAAAGGUAAAAGUCCAUCGAUAUAUAUCAGGAAAGAAGCCACAGUAUGCAAAAAAUGUAUCGAGUGAAGAAAGUUCUGAAGAGGAAGACUUUAUUGACAAUAAAAAGUCUAUUGUAAUUAAUAAAGUUAAGGAAUUGGGAAAUCAACAUCAGGAAGAUGUAAAAAGUGACGAUGAUUCAGAAGCAGAAAUCGAUGAUCCAAGAUUAAGGAGAUUACAAGCAGCUAGUCGUUAUGAUGAUCCAGACGAAAGAUUAGAAAGACAUAAACGAUUUGUUCAUAAACCACAACGUGUGGACAGUUCAAGCUCAUCGUCAUCUGAUGAUGAGGAACAAGAAAGAAAUGAAAUUCAAUAUGAUUCAAGUAAUGAGGUUCGUAGGACUAGACGAUUCUCAAUUCAAUCAGAAAGUGAGUCUGAUUCGGAUGCAAGUGAUGCUGAAAUUGAAAGACGUCGUCAAAUGCUUAGACAAAAGGUAUUACAACAAAAACGCGAAGAAGAAGUCUUAACAAAAGAGGCCGAACAAAAGUCAGAAUCAUCUAGCAGUGAAACAUCAGAGUACGAAGAAGGAUCAGAAAGUGAAGCGGAAAAUGAGCCACGAAUAAAGCCCCAAUUUGUUCGAAAAACUGAUCGUACAACUAUAAUUGAAAAGGAAAAAGAUUUAAUAAAGCAAAAGCAGAUGGAACAAGAAGCAAAAAGGCAGGCAAAAGAACGUCGGAGAUAUACAUUAAAGAUGGUGGAAGAGAGCAUCAAAAAUGAUUUGGAAAGUCAAAAGGCUGAAAAGGAUCCGCACAUUAACGAUGUUAAGACGGAUGAUGAAAAUGACGAGUUGGAAUAUGAAGCAUGGAAAUUGCGUGAAUUAAAACGCAUUAAGCGUGAACGUGAUGAAAGAGAGCAAACUGAGAAGGAACGGGAAGAAAUAGACCGACUUAGAAACAUGACAGAAGAGGAAAGACGAAAGGAGCUACAAAUUAAUCCAAAAGAAGUUACAAACAAGACAUCCAAAGGAAAAUACAAGUUCCUACAGAAAUAUUAUCACAGAGGUGCUUUCUAUCUCGAUAGAGAAGAAAAUGUCCUUACACAAGAUUUCUCAUCGCCUACACUUGAGGAUCAUUUCGAUAAAACUUUAUUGCCCAAAGUUAUGCAAGUUAAAAAUUUUGGUCGUUGUGGACGUACAAAAUAUACGCAUUUGGUUGAUCAAGAUACGACAAAAUUCGAUAGUCCAUGGAUGGCUGAAACCUCAAAUAAUAUUAAUUUCAUACAAUCGAAAGCUGCAGGCAUGAAACAAACAUUUGAUCGACCAACAUAUAAGCGCGAGAAGAAUAAAAAGGAUUAAUGAUGUGUGAUGUGUAUAAGCAUAAUAUUUAGCAUUAUGAAUAAAUCCGAUAAUAUUUUCAACUUGUAAAAUUGAAUAUAUUCUGUGCUUUAUUUUAUUAAAUUUAAAGCUUUUUCAAGUGGAUUACUUCCUGACCGGAGGCUUUCCACAAAAAAAAAAUGGAAAUAAAUUAUGAAAUAGGGAGCAUGCUGACUCCAUAAAUUUUGCAUACAAAACAAUUUUUGCUUUAUGCGAUAA